UGUCUUCCGCCGCUUUGAUAUAUCGGUGCCGGGUGUGUGAGCUCCUCCUUUCCUCCCCCGGCAACCGGCAGCCAUGGCGGAGUACGACCUGACCACCCGCAUCGCGCACUUUCUGGACCGGCACCUGGUCUUCCCGCUGCUGGAGUUCCUGUCCGUGAAGGAGGUGCGGGGCCCGGGCAGGAUUUACAAUGAGAAGGAGCUCCUCCAUGGGAAGCUGGACCUGCUCAGUGACACCAACAUGGUGGACUUUGCCAUGGAUGUGUAUAAAAACCUCUAUCCUGACAAGGAGAUCCCUCAUGCACUGCGGGAGAAGAGGACCACGGUGGUGGCACAACUGAAGCAACUCCAGGCAGAAACUGAACCCAUAGUGAAGAUGUUUGAAGAUCCUGAGACGACCCGUCAGAUGCAGUCUACCAGGGAUGGCCGGAUGCUGUUUGAACACCUCGCAGAAAAACAUGGGUUCAGGCAGGAGUACCUGGACACGCUGUACCGAUACGCCAAGUUCCAGUAUGAGUGUGGCAACUAUUCCGGAGCCGCUGAGUACCUGUACUUCUUCAGAGUUCUGGUUCCGUCGACGGACAGAAACGCACUCAGCUCUCUCUGGGGAAAGCUGGCUUCGGAAAUCUUGAUGCAGAAUUGGGACGCUGCUAUGGAAGAUUUGACCAGGCUUAAGGAGACCAUAGAUAACAAUUCCGUCAGUUCUCCACUCCAGUCUCUCCAGCACAGGACCUGGCUUAUACACUGGUCUCUCUUCGUGUUCUUCAACCAUCCCAAGGGGCGAGACAAUAUCAUUGACCUCUUCCUCUACCAGCCUCACUAUUUGAAUGCCAUUCAGACCAUGUGCCCGCACAUCCUCCGAUACCUGACCACAGCCGUGAUCACUAACAAAGACGUCCGGAAAAGGAGGCAGGUCCUGAAAGAUCUGGUGAAAGUGAUCCAGCAGGAAUCUUACACCUACAAGGACCCAAUCACUGAAUUUGUGGAGUGUUUAUACGUUAAUUUUGACUUUGAUGGCGCACAGAAGAAACUAAGAGAGUGUGAAUCGGUGCUGGUAAAUGACUUCUUCCUCGUGGCCUGCCUGGAGGACUUCAUAGAAAACGCCAGACUCUUUAUAUUUGAAACCUUUUGUCGCAUCCACCAGUGUAUUAGCAUCAGUAUGUUGGCCGACAAGCUGAAUAUGAGCCCGGAGGAGGCGGAAAGGUGGAUUGUCAAUUUAAUUCGUAAUGCCCGACUGGAUGCUAAGAUAGACUCCAAGCUGGGUCACGUCGUAAUGGGAAACAACGCCGUAUCGCCCUACCAGCAAGUGAUUGAGAAGACGAAGAGUCUGUCUUUUCGCAGCCAGAUGCUGGCCAUGAAUAUAGAGAAGAAAAUGAACCAGAAUACACGGACUGAGGCACCUAACUGGGCAGCUCAAGACUCUGGAUUCUAUUGAUGAAUUAAACUGAACAGAUAUUUAGCCAAAUCCCCCCUCCCUGUGCAAGCCUCAGGCAUGUGCUUUCUCUUACAGACCCUCACCGCGGUGUAAGAUUAAAGCACACUAUGUUUUGAAUAAAACGGGCUGCAGUUGCUUUUA